AAUAAAAACUUGGUUUGUUUACAGGUACCACUCUGGAUAAAUCGAAUGCAGGCCAAGAAUGAUAUACGUUAAUAAUAGAGAGAUUAAAUUCAACACAAGUGAAACUUCAAGAAUCACUUUGUGGCUAGGAUUGACCAGGGAAUAAAUAUACUUCCAGGUAAAUUUAGAGAUGCCUAGGUGUGGAUGUGGCCACCGCUUUCCCUCUGUAGACUCAGACACAGAGGAUGAGGACAGUGAUGAUGAAUACGUGCCAUCUUGGAUGAAACUUUGGGAACAAAGAGAGAAAAAGUUCAUUUCGACAAGAGCCUUCAAAUUGGCAGAGAAAACAUUACGAACUUUUAACAAAGUUAUCAUACAAGGAGAGACUGGAUGUGGUAAAUCCGCCAUUGCUCUAAACAUAGCAUUAAAGUAUAGGUCUCGGAAGUGGGAGGUUGUAAUGGUGAAAAAUAUCAGAGACAUUAAAUCUGCUCCUGUGAAAAGAAAAUCCGUUCUCUUCAUUAUCAACGAUCCGAUAGGAAAAACUGCAUUGGACGAAAAAUCAUGUAGACGGUGGUACUUACAGAAGAAUUUGCUGAACCGUUAUUUUUCGACAAAUGGGCAGAAUGAAAAAAAGAUCAAAACUCCAAAAGUUAUUGUGACUUGCAGGUCGACUCUUACUGAGAAGAUUCUUGAAUGCUAUUUCAGUAAAUUCACUGUCAUUGAUAUGGACGAAGAGGAGAUUAAAAUCUGUAAAGAAGAAAAAGAAAAAAUUUUAAAGAAGCAUAUAGAUUGUUCAAAACUUACUGAAAGUGAUAUCAAUGAAUUACUUAAAACUGAAAAAGCAUUCCCCUUAAUAUCUGAUAUGGCGAAUACCUGCAAAAUUCUUGAAAGGGAUUUACAAGCAUUUUACAGAGAACCCUUUGAAGAAAUAAAAAAGGAAAUUUUGUCUUUGAAAGACAGUUCAAAAGAAAAGUUUUUAUGUCUGUUUCUACUUACCUUGAGUGGAAAUCGAUUAACGAAAAGCAGUUUUGAAGAGGAAAUACAUGAUUGUGAUGACACAAAUAGCAUGUACGAGGAGAAUAGGAUAGUCAAUGAUGACAGAGAAAAUGAAAAGAAAAACAAUGAGAAAAAUAAAGAGGCGUUUACUAACAACUAUGAUGGUGGUGACAACAAAGAUGAUGAAAAUAAAUAUGUCAGCGUCAACAGCAAUGAUGAGGAAGAUGAGGAGGAGGAGAAAGAUGAUGAUGAUGAUGAUGAUGAUGAUGAUGAUGAUGAUGGUGACGAUGACGACGACUACGACGACGACGAUGAUGAUGAUGAUGAUGAUGAUGACGACGAUGAUGAUGAUGAUGACGAUGAUGAUGAUGAUGAUUAUGAUGAUGAUGAAUGGCAUGAAGAAAUGAUAGAGGACGUAUUGGAAAUUUUAAACUUUCCAGAAAACUUUUCUAAAAGAAUUCUCUUCGAAAACUUUAAGUAUCUCAGGGGUCACUACUUCGUGAUGAGAGUGGGUAAAAUUUUUCAAAUUACAAACGAUUCGUUUUUGCUGGCGUUGACUCAUAUAUUUUGUACACAUUUUCCAGAACUAUUCUUGAAAUACUGUCCAAGUAAAUUCUUUCGUACUUUGACAACUUGCUCGAUUGCAAAAGGGGGAAUCUUUCCAAACGUUCAAUUACAAGACGCAUAUAUCAAUUCAUUUGUGGAUAGAAUUCUGGAAGAUAUAAAGAAUGGCACAUUUUUGGAUGUUUUUCUGAGUCCUUGGAUCCGGGAUGUGAGAGUCUUGUCCAAUCUGCAAAUGCGAUUCGAAGCAAUCCCGUACGAAGAUCUGAUACGGGUGACUUUAACAUCAAAACUAGAUGCUGACCUUACAAUUGCAAGCUCGGAAGUACGAAAAAAAAUGACUGGCUUGUCUCGACUGGAUUUCAUUGCACUAAGUAAGGAAGUAUCUCCAAUAAUUCUGUCACUUAUAUUAAACCUGAACGAUCUUUUCCACACCAUGUUCACAUUGAUCAGAAAGAAGGCCGAGAAUGAAGACAGAUCUGAAUGCUUCAAGAAUGUUCCUUUAAUGUGCGCCUGUUGUGUCAAUGGACGAGAAGAUCUUGCCAGACUAGUCAUAGAUAAUGUUGAUGACAAACAUACAUGCUGGAGUAAACGAGAAAAUAUCUACCCUGUGCACAUUGCUGCCAACUUCCUGAACACUGACGUCUUAGGUCUUCUUUUAGAUGGGGAGUGUGAUGUUAACAUAACAACACAAAACAAAGAAUCGCCUUUUUUCUUGGCAUCAGCAGUCGAAAAGUGUCGAAAAGUACCAUCUCCAAAAUAUCCACUGGACUAGUAGUCAGGCAGUGGGUCAUUCCGCAAGAAAAUACGAAGAGUUAGUGGAAGAAAACCGUUUAAAGACCCUUACUCUUCUUGAACAGAAAGGUGCAAAUGUAAACAAUCAUCCUAGUGAAUUACCUUCUGCCCUUGCUUUUUCUUGUCAAAGGGGAUAUGUCGAUACAGUUCAGUUUAUGAUUAGGAAUGGUGCGAAUGUGAAAGAAACUGACGAAGAAAACCUUAAUGCGCUACAUUUUGCUUCAGAAGUAGGGAAUAUUGAAAUUGUUCAAUUGUUGCUGGAGAGUGGUGCAGAUAUAAAUCUCAGUACCACAAGAGGCCCGAUGCCGUUAUAUUUAGCAUCCCUUAAUGGACACGUUGAUGUAGUAGAGAUGUUUCUUUCUAAAGAUAGCACCCAAGAACUAAAAGGGAGAUUGAUAUACAAUCCGUUCUCCGUAGCCUGCAAGCAUGGCCAUAAAAGGAUCGUUGAAAGGCUUUUAGAAUAUGAUAAUCGUAUAUUAUCUGAUGACACUUCAUCUUUGUCGACUGCUGUUGGUAAUGGGCACAAGGAAAUUGUUGAAUUGCUUUUGAAAAAUGGAGCUGAUGCAAAUAUUUCUAAAAAUGCAAGCAAGAUAAGCCCUUUAUAUUCUGCUGCUGGUUCCGGAUAUGAUGAUAUUCUUAAAUU